CCCCUACUAGCUUCACUUGUGUUUUUAAGAAAGCAUUGCUUGUUCAGGAGGAGGAGGAGGAGAGCUGUAAAACAUUACCAAUUUUAAAUAACCCCUCAAAGCUAUUUUAAAAAUGAAGAUUACUGACAGUGAUCUGAUCUGCUUUCACCUUCAAGUCCUUCAUGGAAUACAUGUGAAAAGUGUUGAGAGUAAAACCGAGAAAGUCUUUGUCAGGGGUACAAAGGUUUUUGGUGUUCCUCUGGAGAAUUUAUCAAGGAAUUUCAUUCCUGAAUUUGGCCUGGUUCCUGUGGUUCUGGUGGACACUUGUUCAUUUCUUCUGGAGCGUGCUGGGACUGUAGGCCUGUUCCGAAAACCAGGCUCUCUACCCCGCAUCAAGGCCCUAAGAGCUAAGAUGAAUCGCGGAGAGACCAGUUUAACUACAGCCUUUGCUUAUGAUGUGGCUACACUCAUCAAGCAGUUCUGCAGGGAGCUGCCAGAGCCUCUAAUUCCAGCAGAGAUCCAUGCUGCAAUGCUGAAGGCCCAGACAUUGGACUCCCUGGAGGACAGAACCUCGGCCCUCCAACUUCUGUCCUGCUUACUGCCUGCCAGAAACUCUUCUUGUCUGCAUUAUUUGUUUGACUUCCUCUCCAAAGUGACUCAGAGAUGCGAGGAAAACCUGAUGACUAGCUCCAAUCUGGCUACAAUCUUUGCUCCAUGUCUCCUACCUCCUCCCAACAAGGCAGAAAUGUCUGAAGGACGCUUUGAACUGCGAAUUCUUGUUCUUCGCACUUUCAUCGAAAAGCCACAAUUGUUUGGUGUGAUUCCAAGAGCUGUCAUAGAUAGCAUGGAGUUUCUGGUAAACUGUUAUCUUGUGAAGGAUGUACAUUCAAAGAAAGAAACUCAAAAGAGACACUGUUUAAAAGCUUUUUGGUCUGUGAAGAAUGUACCGUGGUCAAAAGUCAGAGUGCCAGUCCAUCGGCAAAACCAGGCGUACAACGUGCGAGGAGUCCCAACACUCAGGAGAAGUCUCGGCCUGGAUGCUUUCCCGAAUAUCGCCUUUUAUAGGGCCUGUAUACCUUGUGAAGACAAAGAUUUAACACCUGGAAAACGGUCUUCACCUACGAGGAUAGAUCGGGACCUUCAUCUUGCCUAUUUCCCUACGUUGGUACAAGGUCGGGAUGCAGCCCCAACAGUGUGCACUGGUCUGGGCAAACUGCAACUGGCUUCCUGGAGUCGACGCAUUUCUUUAUAAAGCAUGCCUGCUGAUCAGUGGCACUUUUAAUUUAUGACUGGUUACAUUUUGGAUUGUAUUUAAUUUAGUGGCAGAGCUAUUUAUAUUGUAGUGAACUACUGUUUAGGUCUAUCAUUCAUGCCAAAUAAAAGGGUUUUCUUCCACA